UGCUCGUAUGCGACGGUACUGACUCAGGAGAGGAAGAAUGUGAACAGCCUGGACCUCACCCCUCGAGCGUGGAAGCGCCUGCAUCAGGAGCUCUACCAAUUACUGAGCAGCCGUGCAAUGUUUCGACCAUCGAUGUGGGAAACAAUGUGCUCGUGGCAAGAAGGUGCUCCUGCUUAGACAGCGACCCAAUUGCUUACUACUAUGACAAAUCCUACGAGUACGAAGAUGCAGAAGAGGGCGUUCAAGUCUCUGCCAGGAGCGCCGAGACGCCAACACAAAGUGAAGUGGAAGCAAACACGUCGGCGGACAGUAGCAACGGAAGCCUUGCCGAGCCCGUAGACACCUCCAUCACGACGGAAGCAACACCACGAGACGGAAUAGUAGUCAAAAAUGGAAUCGUAAAAGAUAAAACCCCAUGCCUGUUCUCUACAAAAAACCACGGAGAAAGUAUAGCAGUUGGCGUUUGCCUCAGUGGGAAAUGCAAUAGGGAGAAUCUCACUGUUUACGACCUACCAACUACCCGACGACCUGUGCUAGAUCCUUAUGCAUUCCACUGCAAGCUUCAAGUCGCAGUUGGGUGCGUCGCGAGCUGCUUUGAGGAGAUGAAUAAAACCUGGAACGAAACGAAGCUCAACGAUGGGCGACUAUGUGCGCUAACGGAAGGAAAUGGCGAAUACAUCAAGAGAACCGGAGUUUGUCGCAACGGGACUUGUGUCACUGCCGAUUUUACACCGUGGACUCAUCCAAACGGAUGCAUAGACGCAACCACGCGGAGGAAUGGAAAAGUUCUUGCGGUAAGGUGCACGGAUUUUUGCCAAAAUAAAUCAACGCAACGGCUGCCGGACGGAACUCCUUGUCUGCUCAAUUACGAUAGGAAGGUGCCCGUUCCCACAGUCCCUGACCUCAUUGUCGAGGGAAUUUGCAAAAACGGCCAGUGCAUCAUAACGCCUCCCACUGUUCCCGUGUUGAUGUUUCACGUUGUUGAAGAAGCAUGCGACCAUUUCCUCUCGUCCGUAAGCUAUACCAGUUGGCACAUGCGCACAUCAUCUAUCUUCAUCUGUACUGCAUCGUCACUCACAAGUACACUUGGAAUUCAGGAAAAAGUUGAAACGACUUGCUCCGCAUUCUGCCCAAGUAAAACGUCAAAAAGUGUGAAGCGUGGAACGCACUGUGCAUUAAAGACGGCCGGUAGGUGGUGGCCGAGAGUCACCGAAGUCGGCCAAUGCGUUGAUCAAGCUUGCCUUGAUAAAGCCCCAGACUCUCCGCCGGCACACGAGCAUAUCAAUGAAGACUCGUACAACUGCAGGAUAUCGGACUACGUGACUGUCAUACCUGCCACUCUCAUCGUGGUGGCUUCCUGCCAGGUUGAAUGCGGCUACAGUGUGUUCGAACAUCGCCUCGACGGUGUUAAAUGUUUGCUGGAGUACAGUCAUACGCAGACGAGAAACUCGCAGGCAGGACUCGGCAUGUACAAAGUCGGCGUUUGCAAGGGUGGCUAUUGCACUCUUGGGAAGCACCCGCAGAACAUCACAACCGAUGACUGAGCAAUGCACAAUUCGCGGCAGUGCAAGAGGAACGGAUGAUUAACUGAAGACAAGCCACCAAGUAAAAGUGCCGACGUCAGUGGCAAUAAACGUUUUUCAA